ACCGGAUGUCAGCUGCAUGCAAGCCGCUUCCUCUGCUGGCCCCGCCCGGAGAGGCGAUUUCCAAAUGUUGCUUCUUGGCAGGCGCCGGAGGAGCAGGAAGAGUUGGCUGGGCUUGCAGGAGGGGGAAGGCUCGGAGGGCAACCGUUGCCUGCGGGGCGCCUGGGCCACGGAAGGGGAGGAAAAGGCACAAGGUGACUCGGAGGGAAAGGGGAGGAGGAAAAUGGAUUUGCACCUUCGCCCCGCUGAGUUUUAAGGCUGGACGGGAAUUGGCUCUAGGCAGCUACUCUGGUUAAUAAGGCGCCCUGGACCUGCAAGAUCUCAGAAAAUGUGCGUUUCAGUGGCUUCAGUAGCUUGCAGUUGAGCUCAGUUACAGCUAUUCCUGCAUUCAUAGAAUCAUAGUAUUGCAGAGUUGGAAAGGGACCCCCGGGGGCCAUCUAGUCCAACCCCCGGCAAUGCAGGAAACUCAGCGAAAACAUCCAGAACAGAUGGCCACCCAACCCCCUGGAUUGCAGGUGGUUGGACUAUGAUUCUGAAGGAGGGCUGAGUGGUUGUGGGGCUGGCUGGGAGGGAGGGAGAGAGUUUGAGUUGCUGCCAACUUGGAGGGCUUAAAGGUAAAGGGACCCCUGACCAUUAGGUCCAGUCGUGGCCGACUCUGGGGUUGCGGCGCUCAUCUCGUUUUAUUGGCCGAGGGAGCUGGCGUACAGCUUCUGGGUCAUGUGGCCAGCAUGACUAAGCCGCUUCUGGCGAACCAGAGCAGCGCACGGAAACGCCGUUCGCCUUCCCGCCGGAGCGGUACCUAUUUAUCUACUUGCACCUUGACAUGCUUUCGAACUGCUAGGUUGGCAGGAGCAGGGACCGAGCAACAGGAGCUCACCCCGUCGCGGGGAUUCGAACCGCCGACCUUCUGAUCGGCAAGCCCUAGGCUCUGUGGUUUAACUCACAGCGCCACCCGUGUCCCCUUGGAGGGUUUACAAAGUGGCUUAGGACAAUUCAUGGAGGAGAGCUCUGUCAAUGGCUACCAGCCAGGAUGGCUGUGUCUUGCACCCAUGGUCAGUGCUUCUGGAAACCGCAGGAAGGGAGAGGCCUCUUGUGCUCAGAUCCUGCUUGCAUCCGGUCAGCCACUGUGAGAACAGGAUGCUGGACUCGAUGGGCCCCUGGCCUGAUCCAGAUUCAGGGCUCUUCUUAUGUUUCCAUAAGGGGCAGCAAGGCAGAAAGGAUGGAUGGGGACUCUGAAUGCUGGCAAUCCCAACUGGGGAGAAUAUAAUAUUUUACGUUCCUGUUACUUCUGCUGCUUUGAAUGCGUAGCUUAUAUUUGGAUUCCUUCUGUCAUGUUUUUGGAUUGCGGUGGCGCUGUGGGUUAAAUCACAGAGCUUAGGACUUGCCGAUCAGAAGGUCGGCGGUUUGAAUCCCCGCAACGGGGUGAGCUCCCGUUGCUCGGUCCCUGCUCCUGCCAACCUAGCAGUUCGAAAGCACGUCUAAGUGCAAGUAGAUAAAUAGGUACCACUCCGGCGGGAAGGUAAACGGCGUUCCUGUGCACUGCUCUGGUUCGCCAGAAGUGGCUUAGUCAUGCUAGUCACAUGACCUUGAAGCUGUACGCCAGCUCCCUCGGCCAGUAAAGCGAGAUGAGCGCCGCAACCCCAGAGUCAGCCACGACUGGACCUAAUGGUCAGGAGUCCCUUUACCUUUUCCUUUACCUGAUCAUAGAAUCACAGAGUUGGAAGGGACCCAGAAGGUCCUCUAGCCCAACCCUCUGCAGUGCAUGUUGCCUGAUGCGGGGCUCGAACCCACAACCUGGAUAUGAAGAGUCUCAUGCUCUACCAACGAUCCCGACUGAUAUUUUGAGAUUCUCUCCCCCCCCUUUAAGAAUAUAAAGCGGUAUAGAAAUGAAAUAACAAUGAUAUAGCGCUUUUGUGCUCAGGUCCUGCUUAUGAGUUUCAGCAGAAAGUUCACCUGGCGCCAGGCAAAAAUGUUCCUCUUCAACGAGGCCUUUGGCUGAUUCGUGUUCUAUAGCCUUUGAAAUGUGUUUGUGAGAAGGGAGGGAGUUUUUGUUUUGAACUAUAUACUUGUGUUUUUAUCUCGUAUUUUCAUCCUGUGAACAGUCCUGCCAGUCUGUGAUGAAGGGUGGUAUUUAAAUCUAACAGAUAAAUAAAUAAAAAGUUAAAAGUUGCUCAGGAUGUUGGACUGAUCUUGUACAGUGGUACCUCAGGUUACAUAUGCUUCAGGUUACAGACUCCGCUAACCCAGAAAUAGUACCUCGGGUUAAGAACUUUGCUUCAGGAUAAGAACAGAAAUCGUGCUCCGGCGGCACAGCGGCAGCGGGAGGACCCAUUAGCUAAAGUGGUGCUUCAGGUUAAGAACAGUUUCAGGUGAAGAACGGACCUCAAGAACAAAUUAAGUUCUUAACCCGAGGCACUAUUUCAAAGCAUCGGGUUACAGAUGCUUCAGGUUGCGUUUUUUUGGGUUACGGACCGCCGAAACCCGGAAGUACCGGAACGGGUUACUUCCGGGUUUUGGUGGUUGCGCAUGCGCUGAAGCGCUAAAUCGCAACCCGCGCAUGCACAGAUGCGCCACUGCGGGUUGUGAACACUGCAGGUUGCGAAUGUGCAUCCCGCACAGAUCACGUUUGCAACCCGAGCAGCCACUGUAAAAGGCAAAAGAUUUAUACGAUCUGAGGUGAAACCAGAGUAUCCGAGCAGCCACUGUAGUUGGUUUGGAAGACGUUAAUCAGGCAUCCGCACAACAUGACCUGUCCAACAAAGCUGAUGUUGAAGAAUCAUUUCUUCGACACGGGUGAUCUUUGUUUCUUCCCGUACACUGGCAUUAGUUCGACUGUCUUCCCAAGUGAUGUGCAAAAUUUUUCCAAGGAGUUGGAGUUGGCGUUGACGUUGAUAACUCUCUCUUCCCUCUCUGCUCCCCUCCAGGAACAACCCUGCCCCACCACUGGCAGAUCUCCUUUCUUCCCUCUCGUCACCCAUUGAAUCCCCGAAGAUCUGCACUCUGGAGAAAGGCCUUGUGGGAUAGCCCGGGGGUUCCGAGAGAGACCUGCAGGACCAAAAUGUCUCUCUUUGCUGUGAAUGCGUUGGGAGGAGGUGUCUCUGAACCGUGGAAGGACAUGGCAGGGUUGGAGCUGAAGGGCGCGGAGGUUGGCAUCUGGGUCCCGGCUGCUGCCGAGCCGAGAGAGCACUUGGGGAUAAAAACAGAAGACCCAGAUCCAUCAGAGGUGACAGACCAAUUGGGAGAUGGGCAGGAUGGGGCCCCCCACGUCGUUCAGGCUGGGAGUAUCGGGGAAUUCCUGCCGGGGUCCACAGAACCGCCUGUCGCGCUGAACUCAAAGGAGGACUUGUUGCAGUGCUGGGAGGCCCAGUGGCAGGAGUUCCUGAGGAAACUGGAGCCUCCUAGCCCAGAACGGGGGACCCCCCAGUCACCGGAAGAGCCCAGUGUCUGGGAUGACGCUAAGUCCUUCCUGGGCUCCUUCGAGCAAGUGGCCGAAGCCUGCCGCUGGCCGCGUGAGGAGUGGGUGGCCCGGCUCCUGCCAGCCCUCAGCGGCGAUGCGCAGCAGACUUUCGUCAAGCUGGAGUCUCGCGACUGGAAGAACUACCAGAAGGUGAAGGCUGCCAUCUUGCGAGCCGCAGCCCUGAGGACGGAGAAACAGAGGCAGCGCUUCCGGCGCUUCUGCUACCAGGAGGCUGGCGGCCCCCGAGAGGCUUACAGCCGGCUCCAGGAGUGCUGCCGGCAGUGGCUGAAGGCCGAGAAGACGACCAAGGAGCAGAUCCUGGAGCUGCUGGUCCUGGAACAGUUCCUGGCCAUCCUGCCGCCCGAAGUCCAGGGCUGGGUGAAGGAGCGGGGCCCUGAGACCUGCGCCCAGGCCGUGAUCCUGGCUGAGUUUUUCCUCCAGAGGAAGGAACAGUUGGAGUGGGGGCCAUGCCGAGCAAGGGAGGUUGGUUUGUGCCUCGUAAGAGCAGGGCAUUGUGGCGAUCGCACAGGGUCCCUGGAUGUUUCACCUUCUACUGAUCCCUGUGCCACCACUUUAUUUCUCACUGCUGCCACCGAGGCCCUACCUGGUACAAUACUGAGUCCAGUCAGGGUUAAGUUGGAACAUAAACUUCUGUUUAUUUAUUGCAGUUUAAGGAAGGGACGCGGGUGGCGCUGUGGGUUAAACCACAGAGCUUAGGACUUGCCGAUCAGAAGGUCGGCGGUUUGAAUCCCCGCAACGGGGUGAGCUCCCAUUGCUCAGUCCCUGCUCCUGCCCACCUAGCAGUUCGAAAGCACGUCAAAGUGCAAAUAGAUAAAUAGGUACCGCUCUGGCGGGACGGUAAACUGCGUUUCCGUGCGCUGCUCUGGUUCGCCGGAAGCAGCUUAGUCACGCCGGCCACAUGACCCAGAGUAUGCCGGUUCCCUCGGCCAAUAAAGCGAGAUGAGCGCCACAACCCCAGAGUCGGUCACGACUGGACCUAAUGGUCAGGAGUCCCUUUACCUAACAAGUGUGUGGUUUCAUAAACUGUCUCAGUCAAUUACAGACAUACCUCGGGAUGAAUACGCUUCGGGUUAGGCAAAUUUGGGUUGCACUCAGUGGUGACCCAGAAGUAACGGAGCUCGUUACUUCCGGGUUUCGCCGCGCGUGCAUGCGCAAACCGUCAAAAUGACGUCAUGCACAGAAGCGCUGAAACGUGACCCGCGCACAUGCAGAUGCAUGGACACGGGUUACAUUCGCUUCGGGAUGCGAACGGGGCUCCGGAACGGAUCCCGUUCGCAUCCCAAGGUACCACUGUACAAUCAUGGGAUACCUAUCCAGACCUAUAACUUCCGCUACCUGCUCUCAUUCACUAAACCACCUCUCAGUUUUUUACUAGCUCCUAACUGUUCCUGACUCAGCUUAUUUUGCUACGCUAACUCAACCUACCCACAGACUCUAUCCCAAUUCACUCCCACUCCAACCAACCACCCAACUCCCAACAAACUCCUCUCUUCGCCCCUCCCAGAGCUGGUUUUAUAGUCCCUCUGACUCCACCCACUGGGUUCUGAUUGGGUAACCUGUUUAACUAUUUCACCUCCAGCACUCUCAUAUGUUAACGUCACAGGCAUGUGGCGUGGUGGAAAGGACCAGUGGUAUUUUCGUUUGAGGGCAGCUGGGAAGGUGGCUUCGUGGGAGGGGGCGUGGAUCACCCUGUGGCAGGGGGUGUCCUUCUGUAUGCUUGUUGGACUCUGGCUCUCAUUAGCCCCAGGCAGUGUGGCUGACAGUGGAGGAUGAUGGGAGUUGGAGUCCGACAGCAUCUCAGGGGUCACGGCAAGUUCACCAGGAGAUCAAUGCCACGCAGGUAAACAGAAGAAACUGACAAAGACUGGGUCAAGACUAUUGGCCCAGGAAAUCAUAGGAUUAUUGUUGUCGUUUAGUCGUGUCCGACUCUUCGUGACCCCAUGGUCCAGAGCACGCCAGGCACUCCUGUCUUCCACUGCCUCCCGCAGUUUGGUCAGACAUGUUUGUAGCUUCGAGAGCACUGUCCAACCAUCUCGUCCUCUGUUGUCCCCUUCUCCUUGUGCCCUCCAUCUUUCCCAGCAUCAGGGUCUUUUCCAGGGAGUCUUCUCUUCUCAUGAGGUGGCCUCAGCUCAGGAUCUGUCCUUCUAGUGAGCACUCAGGGCUGAUUUCCUUAUAGGAUUAUAGAGUUGUAGAUUAAUGUUCAUCUUCUCCUUCUAGCAAAGGAAGGUGGGUGAAUCUCAUCAAAUCUCAGAGGGGGCCAUCGAUGUCAGCACUUGGGAAAGAUGGAGGCUCCUUCCCCACAAAUGGGGGCACAAAAAAAGAGCCUUUGCUCUUGCCGUCAUGCGGCAGCCAGACUGGUGACCAGGAGUGACCACCGAUACCACAUAACCGAUACCAGGUCUUUAAAGACCUACAUUGGCUCCCAGUACGUUUCUGAGCACAAUUCAAAGUGUUGGUGCUGACCUUUAAAGCCCUCAAUGGCCUCGGUCCUGUAUACCUGAAGGAGCAUCUCCACCCCCAUCGUUCAGCCUGGACGUUGAGGUCCAGCGCUGAGGGGCUUCUGGCAGUUCCCUCCCUGCGAAUAGUGAGGAUACAGGGAACCAGACAGAGGGCCUUCUUGGUGGUGGUGCCCACCCUGUGGAACGCCCUCCCACCAGAUGUCAAGGAAAUAAAGAACUACCUGACUUUUAGAAGACAUCUGAAGGCAGCCCUGUUUGGGGAAAUUUUUAAUGUUUGAUGUUUUAUUGUGUUUUUAAUAUUUUGUUGGGAGGCGCCCAGAAUGGCUGAGGAAACCCAGCCAGAUGGGCAGGAUAUAAAUAAAUUAUCAUCAUCAUCAUCUCUUCUCAAAUCCGAAUUUCCUUCCUCUUGAGGAACCAGUUCAUUUUAUCCCUUAGAAUGCUAAACAGUAGGAUGACCAGCCUCUCUGAAUUUCUCUCAAAAAAGGAGGCGAAAGGAGGAAAUGUGCUCUCUGCACCCAGAACAUAGCAACAUCUGAGGGGAAUCGUAGAAUUGUAGGGCUGGAAGGGACCACAAGGGUCAUUUAGUCUGACCACAUGCGGUGUAGGAGUCUCAACAAGCAUCCAUGGCAGAAAUCUAACCUUGAUCAAACAUGGCAGGUGGCCAUCCGACCUCUGCUUAAAAACCUCCAAGGAAGGAGAUUAUGUGAGCGUACGCACAAAAGCAGCCACCUGGGCACAGGUGCAGAAACAAAUGAGUGCAAAAGGUUCCCUACCCAAUGUGCCAGUAUUGAGCUGUUUAGCAUCUCUGGCGUUUUCCCUCCUCCCCUGCUCAGUGUUCUUCAACCUGAAGUCCCCAGGUGUAAGUGGACUACAAAGCCCAUCAUCCACUGUUCAGCCCAGCAGUCAAGGACGAUGGUAUUUGUAGUCCAACCACAUCUGGGGACUCGUGGCUGAAGAACACUGUGCCCGGUGACCCUUUUUUAUUUUAAACAAGAGAAGCCGGGGAUUGAACCUGUGGCAUUCUGCUUGCCCAGCUGAUCUCAAGGGCUCUUCUAAUCUCAUCCCCUUCCUGCUCAAGCCUGAAGGGCCUCUUUGCUGUCAUUUCAGCCACCAUUUGUGGACCCGUCUGUGAGCUCCCCAGUUGCAGACUCUAGGCCGGGGCAGCUGUGUCGCGAAGUCAAGCGAGAGGAAGAGGAGGAGGAAGAUGCUGUCAAUGUGACCUCACACGGUAAGCAAUGGUCUUCAUUUCUGGGAUGCUGCAAAUCUCCUGGAGAGCCCUCAGUGGUUCCUUUCUUUAUUUGUCAACUCCGCACGACUUCCUCUCCUCUCCUGGUCUGACAGAGAAGGGGAAAUGGGGGUUCUUGCAGCUUUUUCCUGUUUUGCAAGGCUCGUUGAAUUACCACCUUUGGGACAGCUUCCGGUUCAUGUGGCCAGCAUGACUAAGCCGCUUCUGGCGAACCAGAGCAGCGCAUGGAAACACCAUUUAUCUUCCCAGGGAUUGUGAGUGCAAUCUCAGUUGGAUGUUAUCGGUGCAAUCCUGCACCGACUAGGGACCUUUACCCCAGCAAAUGGUGCUGCAGCAUUGCACCUUUUCACCAGCACUUCUGCAGCUGGUGGGAUCAUUCCUGCAUUGCAGGGGGUCAGACUAGAUGGCCCUUGGGGUCCCUUCCAAAUCCACACUUCUAGGGUUAUUAUUCCCAGGGAUCGUGACUGCAACAACCCUGAUUUCUCCCUCGCUUUUCUUCGUACGUUUAUUUUUUAUUUACUUUUCUUCCUGUUUCCUUAUUUGCUACAUGUCACUGAACUGUGGUUUUAAUCAAAUAAAAAGAACUUUUUAAAAACAAAAAACAAAAAACACCAACAUAUAUCCACCCCGGAUAUUUAAAUAUCAGUUGUAAUUUGAGAACAUGGUGCAUCUUACUCUCUCUCUUAUUCUCAUCUUAUUCUCUCUCUUUCUCCUUUUUCGAGCAGGUAGAAGGAAGAGGAGACUAAGCUUGGAGGGCAGAGAGACCCCAGAGCAGUCGGCGGCUGUGGGGCAAUACGAGGCCUCGAGGUGGAGGGAAGAGGACGACAUCUCUCAGCCUCGCUACAGUCAUCAUGGAGGCGAGACUUGGCUGAGGCCUGACUUCCAGCAGGAACUUGACAGAGGGGAGACGCUGGAGGAAUCUGUGCCUCACAGGAGAAGCAGGCUGAGAGAGAGCCAGGAGAGAGGUCAGGAGACAUUUUCAAGUCCAUCAGUAGCAGAAUAUCCUUUUUUGUGAGCAGGAGGUUCCCAGUUUGAUCCCAGGCAUUGCCAGUUAUUUCUUACACAGUGGUAAAGGUAAAGGGACCCGUGACCAUUAGGUCCAGUUGUGGCCGACUCUGGGGUUGCGGCGCUCAUCUCGCUUUACUGGCCGAGGGAGCCGGUGUACAGCUUCCGGGUCAUGUGGCCAGCAGGACUAAGCCGCUUGUGGCGAACCAGAGCAGCGCACGGAAACGGCGUUUACCUUCCUGCCGGAGCGGUACCUAUUUAUCUACUUGCACUUUGACGUGCUUUUGAACUGCUAGGUUGGCAGGAGCAGAGACCAAACAACAGGAGCUCACCCCUCAGCGCUGGAUCUCUGUGUCCGGGCUGAGCGAUGGGGGUGGAGACGCUCCUUCAGGUUUACUGGGCUUAGGCCGUUUAGGACUUUAAAGGUCAGCACCAACACUUUGAAUUGUGCUCAGAAACGUACUGGGAGCCAAUGCAGAUCUCUCAGGACUGGUGUUAUGUGGUCCCAACAGCCACUCCCAGUCACCAGUCUAGCUGCCACAUUCUGGAUUAAUUGCAGUUUCCGGGUCACCUUCAAAGAUAGCCCCACGUAGAGCGCAUUGCAGUAGUCCAAGCAAGAAAUAUUUAUUUGCGAUUAUUACUUUGUAAAAAUAAAAUGUAAAAAAUGUAAAUAAAUGUAUAAAAUAUAGGAGAAGAAGAAGAAGAUAGACACUGGUUGUCCAUCUACUACUGGGGAAAAAAUAUAUGUGGGGAAUAUUGUGCCCCUUUUCCUGAUUAUAUUGUGUCCUGUUUUCUAAUGCCCCUGCCACACUGUGUUAUAGGGCUCCACCAUUGCAUUAACAAGGAUAUGGACAGCCCGGGUGGGUGGGAAGCUUUAAGCAUGCUGAGAAGGCAUGGAAUGGAGUAUCCCCAAGAGGGGCUCUCCACACACGGCGACGUUUUGCAUCUGUUUAAUAGCCAUCCAGGUUCACGCAGGCAGGAAUCUCUUCCCUUCUUCCUCUCAACAGGUUACGGAGCAGAAAACGAGUGUGGGAGGAGGAGCCAACUGUGGGAAGGUCCUGCACUAGUGGAACAUUCCGGAAAGGGGCCGAGAGAGCCGGCUUCCGAGAGUGAGGACCAGGAGGUCGAUGAGCAGCUGCUCCGGCGGAAGAGGCGGAGGAGGAACCGCUGGGUGGGCCAGGUGUGCACGGACAAACCUCAGCGCCAGCAGAGCACGGAGGCGGUCAACGGAAACCUUUCCGCCAUGCACCUCAGGCCAGCCUUUUGCUUGCUGGACGUCAUGGAAGGGGACCUUCCUGAACCAGGGACCCCAAAGAAGCGGCGGCGGAAGCCCAACUGGAACAUGGAGGAGAAGACGCUGCUGUACAAGCUGGUGGUGGCGAACAAGGAGGCGGCGCUGGGCCUCGUCCCCGGGAGCAGGGCGGCCGCACGGCAGGCGGCAUUCUUUGUGGCCGCAGGCAAGAGGGUGUCUGCGCUGGGCUACUACGAGAGGUCAGGCCUUGCCACCCGCAAGAGGUGGAAUGACACAUAUGGGAACCUCCGGAAGAGGGUCAGGGCCUACCGGCGGCAGGGCCUGCCGUUCGACAAAGCGGUGGAGAAAGCUGUGAGGCCUGAAGAGGCGGUCAUCCGCCCGCUGCUCUACCGGAAGCGGGUCAAGGCCGCCGGAUCGGGUGUUGCGAACCGUGAAUGUCUGCCACACAGUGGUGAGUUGGAAGAGGGUGCUGUCGUGCUUUUAACUUUUUAGUAUUUUUAUCGUCUGGCUUUAUGUUUUAGUUGCUGCAACUAUAUCUAUCUAUCUUUAUAUGAUAUAUUAAAUUACAUUUUAUAUACACAUAGCAGCGUAAUAUAUAAAAGCUCCUGGACUUCACUCCUCCCCUUUGUGGGUCUUAUUGUUAAUCCUUUCCAUCUGCCUCUUUUAUAAUACAGCCGUAGCUUGGUUCUCAAAUUUAAUCCAUUCCGGGAGUCCAUCUGACUCCCGGAACUGCUCGGAAACAAAGGCGCAGCUUCCGAUUGGCUGCAGGAGCUUCCUGCACUCAAUCAGAAGUCGUGUAAGCCACGUCAGAUGUUUGGCUUCCGAAAAUUGUUCAAAAACCAGAACACAGUGUUAUCUCCCCCUCCUGCUGCAACCAGCUCCCAUCCUCCCUGUUCUCCCAGAACCAGAAGAGGCAUGAAAAGGGCAGAGGAGGGGUUGGCUGUCCGCAGGUGCAGUCUCAGAUUGCUUGGGGAAACCCCUGGAGAAGAGGAGACAUAGCCAGCUGAGGGAAGGCAGGGACCAGCUUCAUGAGAGCAACACCUGAGUUGCUGCGCUCUGUAGGCCUGACACUCCUGUGCGGAUCCUGUUUUGCUAAUAAAGAGUUGUUGUUCUUUAAUUUUAUUUGUACUUUUCAGAUAUAUACAUUUCACUGAUUUUACAUUCAUUUUGACAUUUUAAAACUUGACUUCCUUCCCCCCCCUUUCUGUGGUUCCUUAAAUUUACUUUUAAUAUCUUCUGCAUAUCCAAAUUAACUUAUUUAUUUAUCUUCUUUAUAUAUAUACGGUAGCUGCAGGUUAUUACAGUUAUCCUGCCAGUGUUUUUAUCUGUUUACAAUUUAUCUGUACAUAUUCAACAAACCAUUUCCAUUCUUUAAUAAAAAGUUUAUCUGGAUUUCUUAUUCUUCCGGUAAGUUUUGCCAUUUCUGCAUAUUCCGUAAGUUUUUGUAUCCAUUCUUCCUUUGCUGGGACUUCUUUCCAUUUUUCGGCAAGUAACAUUCUUACCGCUGUAGUCACAUACAUGAAUAACUUUCUAUACAUUUUAGGUAGUUCUAUCCCUAUAAUUAAAGCUACCAACACGAGUUUGACCAUACUGCGGGAGACAGUGGAAGACAGGAGUGCCUGGCGUACUCUGGUCCAGGGGGUCACAAAGAGUCGGACACGACUAAACAACAACAAUCCCUAUAAUUCCCAAAAGAAAAGUUUCUGGUUUUUUUUACAAACAUUAUUUUAAAUAUCCUUUUCAUUUCAUUGUACAGUGGUACCCCGGGUUAAGAACUUAAUUCAUUCUGGAGGUCCGUUCUUAACCUGAAACUGUUCUUAACCUGAAGCACCACUUUAGCUAAUGGGGCCUCCCGCUGCUGCCGCACAAUUUCUGUUCUCAUCCUGAAGCAAAGUUCUUAACCCGAGGUACUAUUUCUGGGUUAGCGGAGUCUGUAACCUGAAGCGUCUGUAACCCAAGGUACCACUGUAUAUCAUUCCCCAGUAAGCCUUAACCUAGUAACAAGACCACCACAUAUGAUAAAAAGAACCUUGCUAAUAAAGAGUUAAGUCUCGCUUGCUGGGUGUGAUUUACUGCAGGUUGGCUCCUGCAAAGACUUUGUGCAUCUUUACAAUCUGAGGCAGGAUGGGUGUGUAGCUUGGCCCCCACCUAACCAGGCCCUCCUCUUUCAUUCCAGCCUUGCCAGAGGACCCCACAGACUCGGAGGACGACUCCACGCCCCCCACCUCAGACGGAGAACACUCGCCAGCUACAAAGGGGCCGCUGGGGGCUUCGUCAGGAGCCGGCCUUCGUCUUAGAGGCAGCUUGCCGGCACAGCCACAUUCUCCAGCCGCCCAGGAGGAAAUAGCAGUGGCAUGGAAAGAUGAACGCUCAGCAGGCGUCCAGCGGGUGACUGAAGUGUCCGGCAACAGCUGCCGUUGGGAAGACCGGGGCCGGAUAGGGACCUUCAGCAGUCGGCUGACCCUGUGACAAAUUUUGGGUGCUCCUAGCUUGCUGUUCUCCAAGGAAAUCUCAGUUGGAUGUUUUCGGUGCAAUCCUGCCACCGAGUUAACUGGACGCAGCAGAGGCUAGGGACCUUUACCCCAGCAAACGGUGCUGCAGCAUUGCACCUUUUCAGCAGCACUUCUGCGGCUGGUGGGAUCAUUCCUGCAUUGCAGGGGGUCAGACUAGAUGGCCCUUGGGGUCCCUUCCAAAUUCACACUUCUAGGGUUAUAAUUCCCAGGGACUGUGAAUGCAACAACCCUGAUUUCUCCCUCCUCGUUUUUUCUUCAUAUGUUUAAUUUUUAUUUACUUUUCUUCCUGUUUCCUUAUUUGCUACAUGUCACUGAACUGGUGGUUUCAAUCAAAUAAAAAUAACUUUUAAAAAAACAAAACAUAUAGCACUGCCACCUUGGAUAUUUAAAUAUCCGUUGUAAUUUGAGAAAAUGUGCAUGGAGCGAACUAUCUAACACCCAACAGGAAUUAAGGAAGGAAAUGAAUUGGUUUUAAAUCUCUCGCGUAAGAAUAAAUGUAAUUUAACCAAGUUUGUUGGUUUUUUAACAGGCUUCUGUUUGUUUUGUGUUCAGUGAAAUGUUCCUAUUUUGUCAGUUUAGAUUUUCAGGGGUUGUAAUCCUAUGGAAUAGAUUCUUCACGGACUUUAUCUACUUGGCUGUAACAGAUCCUUUUCUAUACUUCUUAAAUCUUUUUAUAUAUAUAUAUAAAGAAAAGUUGAAAAAGAAAUAGAGUUGGGUCUCAUUAGCAGACAGGCGUCUCACUCAGCUGUUUUAAGGUAGACUUUCC